GCUCGGAGAAGCCAUGCCGGCAGCCACUGCGCCGGGGCCGGACGAGCCGCGCACCGCUGCGCCCGGGCGGGACGGCGGCGGCCCCCGCGGAUACACAGGGCAGUGCAGCCACGUGCCCACUCCCCAGCUGGGCACCCUGCAGAUCAUUCACGGCAAUGGCACAGCCGUCGGGACGGUCAUCACCUUCCAGUGCGCGGCCGAGCACCAGCUGGAGGGGCCAGGUGUCAUCACCUGCGUGUGGAAGGGGAACAGUACCCAGUGGACGGCGGAGGUGCCCUCCUGCAAGCCCAUAUCAAAGUAUGAGACUUUUGGAUUUAAGGUCGCAGUGAUUGCCUCCAUCGUGAGCUGUGCCAUCAUUCUGCUGAUGUCCAUGGCUUUUUUAACCUGUUGUCUCAUCAAGUGUGUGAAGAAAAGUGAAAGGAGAAGGACUGAAAGAGAUAUGCAGCUGUGGUACCAGCUCAGAACCGAAGAGCUGGAGAACAUGCAUGCUGCAUACUUUGGUUACAAGGGAAGAAAUAACAACAACAACAACAAGAAACUCAGGAAUAAAUCUGUAUUUGACGACAUGACUAACAUGGCGUACGACAACCAAGGCUUCUACAGAUUCCAGGAGGAGUGGACUCGGGACGUGGCAGCUUCAGGGCGCUGCAAAGCCGGCGAGCAGGUGCCCAAGCUCAGCAGCAGCAGCAGCAGCACACCUGGGAGACACAUGGUGCCAGGACACAGCACUGCUCUGCACACAGUGAAUUCAGUCCACGUGGCUGAGGUCUAUGGACACACGGAUAGAUACAACAAACCCAGGUGUCAGAUACCUGGGUAGCUGCUGGCUGAAGUACACUUGCUCCUCUGGACCAAAAUGAAAUGGAUCGAAAUAACGUGCCUUAAAGACAAUGCAGGAAGUUAACUGCUCAUUUGAAUCUGAAGGUUUUAUAUAUUACAAGGUGGUUAUUUAACAGAAAUACUUCAAGGUCUGAUAUAAAUAAAAUAAGGAAUGUCGAGGCUGGCCAUCAGCGGCCAUUCUCUACAGUGUGCUGUGUGUUGUGGCCGUGGCAGAGCAUCAUGUUCUUCUGUACCUCCAGAGAGGAAUGGGAGCCGGUUUGUGUCUUCAUCUCAUAGAAACUCACUGGUGAUAAUUACAGACUCAUUACACCUUCCUUAA